AUGGUGCUUGUUCAAAUAGUUUAUGGUGGAUCAAAUAUCCUGGUGAAAGUUGCUCUUGAGAAGGGAUUGAAUCAACUAGUCUUUGUCGUCUACCGCCACAUAAUCGCCACGCUUUUGUUAGGAUCCUUGGCUUAUGUAAUUGAAAAAAGGAAGCAGGGCCCGUCCCUUUCGUUUUCAGCGAUGAUGGUGAUUUUUGUUCUGGCAUCACUUGGGACAACAAUCCAUCUGAAUGUUUUCUACAUUGGUAUAGAAUACACCUCUGCGACUGUCGCAACUGCUUUGAACAAUGUCGUCCCUACAAUCUUAUUGCCAUCUUGCACGAUGGAGAAGGUGGAGAUUACAGAUGCCAGAGGUCAAGCUAAGGUGUUGGGUACGGUCAUUUGCAUCGGUGGUUCGCUGAUAUUUACCUUCUGGAAUGGAGGAUAUCAGUUGAUAGGCUUUGAGACAAGGCCAUUGAGGCUGGAAAACUAA